AUGGUGCACUAUUCCACUCCGUGGAAAGACGAGUCUUACUGGACCUUGAUGAAUGAUAAAAGCCUCACUUUCGACUUCACAGAAUAUUCCGAUGAUGAUGUAAGCCUCUUAAAAUUGUUUUGAGAAAGUUUUAGUAUGAUCUACCCUACUUCCGCGACCAUCGAAACGAAGUUUGGUCGAGAAGUCUGGAGGAAAGCAUUCUGAAAUUAACUUCAGAUGAAAGUACUGUAAAUAUCAUGGAGAACGGGGUGGAACCAGCAAAUGAAGAGGUAAGAAUUGUAAUAGGGACUCGGAGAGGGUUGUGGUAUCUUUUGGGCCUUGUAGGAUUACUGUCAGUUUAUCGUAUAACCUUGCAAUUCUAAUUUGUUCGGGCGCAGCUCGCACAGAAAUAAUUUUAUUCUUUUUGCAAAAUUCUGUAAAUUUUUGGUGUUGAUGUGAAAAUCUUGGUCAAACUAUCGCUUGUCGAUGGCUCUACUUUUGUAAAAUUCUCAUAUUAUCCAGCUUCUGCAGUAGUUUAUAGUGUUCAAGGUAUUGUUUUUGUUUUUUUAAAUAUUACACUUGAUUUUAUGCAUGUUUACCCUGCGUCUCGGAUUUCAGGACGAGUUUUCGUGGAUUUUCAAGGCGUUCGAGGAGAUCAAGAUGUCCGAAAGUCCUCACUCCAUCUCUGCAUAUGCACCUUACUUCACAGAUCUCAAGAGCCCCAAAACUCCGAUCCGUCUGUCCUCCACCAACUCCACCUUCUUUCCCAACCACUCGGGAGAUCAGGCGGCCAAGGAUUCGCUGGAUUCGAAUCGUUUCUUCGGCUCCUCCACCUACAUUUGUACAGCCAUGAUUGAUCCGGACGUCCGCCGUUUUUAUCAAUGCCCUAAGGACAAGAGCCUGGAACAGAAGAUAAAAAUGCUGUGGGCGUAG